CAAACAGUUGUUGGACUUCAACAAGCUAGCGAAGGAUAACGCUAGAGGAGAACAGGUUGAGCCUGCCUUUUCACGGAGAGAGAGACGCUUACGAAAUCCGGGCGGUCGGAAUAUUUUAUACAUUAACUCCUAAUAACUAACAGCGUUGGUACCGGCACGUGUAACCCGGCACAGUUCCCUCGUGCUAAUGUUAGCAACACAAACAUGCUCAUUGCUGCUCGGAGUGUGACGCCUGUUUUUUUCCUGGCUGCCGCUGGUCGAGGGCUGUGAUGCGAGCAGAGUUGCUGCACGGCAGAGGGUGAGACGGUGCUACAGUCGGAUUAUAUUCGUCUUGACACGGAAAAUGGACUUUCUCGGGGAGAAACAGACGGGGUCACGCAAAAAAGCGGGCAUGCGACCGCACACGGGCCUGGAUGUCAUUGUUGGUCAACAACUUUAGCCCGCUAGCGAACGUUAGCUUGCUUUAAUUCAUGCAGAUGAAUUGGGUUUGUUGUCGGGCAGUAAUCUCACUUUGCUAGCGUAAUGGAGGCACCCUGAGUGACUUGUUUGUUUCAAUUGAUUGUCCUGCUCUUCUUAAAUACUACUGGCAAUGUGUUGAAGACCGGGGAGCCUUUCGUCGAAUAAUAGGACACGGUUGGUAAGAAUUAUUGAAUGGUGAAUACCUGCCCGAGUCAUAGUUGAGCGAAGUUCUCUACGAUUAUGAAUUAUUACUGUAACAGUACCUAUUUCACGCAGGUAUAGCACAUUUCUAUUAUUGAUAGUUGUGUGAAAUUGCACUUUAUUUGGCCGAUUUUUAAGUAUGCACUGUAGCCACCUUUGAAUUGGGGUUUAUCGACAUCUAUAAUUCAAUCACCCCCUGAUGUAAAAAAUCAGCACUUGUAUAGAAGUUGGUAAAUAAAACGUCAAGAUAGGUAUUUAUCUGCGUGUAUUGUUAUGAGCCAGGGCAAAGACAGCCUUAUCCAUGUCAUUUGGUUCCUAGUCACUGUUUAACCCGUGAUCCCAGCUGUUCGGCACAGUUAAAGACUGAGUUUUACUGGAAAUGAAAGCAUGAAUAUCGAAGAGCAGUGUCUAGAUUUGUGCAAUGUCAAGAUGAAAAACAAUGUGGACGAUGAUCACAACACUACUAACAAUACAGAAGGGGUUAUCCCUCGGAUCUCCGAAUUGAUGACUGACAGCAACACAGAAAAACAAAGCAUUGUUCCCACGGAGGCCUCUGAAACUUACCUGAUGCCUCAGUUCACUGACAACCUUCAGGCAGCAGAGGAGAACAACCAGCAGGCACAAAACACAGUGGAAAUUGAUGAGGUCAAUGGAAAUGGAAAGAAUAGUGUCCAGGACCCACCAGCGGUCGUGAACCCGACUGAUUUUAUCUUUUCUAAUAGUGAGCAGCACGAGGAGAAAAUGAAGGAAGAUAAGGACAAUAAUCCUGCAAAGCUUGUUCUUGAAGAAGGGGAUGAUGGUGGGGACAUGGACAUAGGUGUGGAUCUGAGUCUCGAUGAGAGUGGGGUGCUGGAGGCUGAAUCUGUAAAUGUUAGAUCACUGUCAGACAGUAAUUUAGACUCAGUGUCCACUCCUCAGGAUGUCCCAGCUGGCAGCACGACAGAAAGCCAGGCUGAUGCAAGCCAGACAUGCAGCAUAGAAGCUUCUGCCACAGAUCCAGCUGGAUUGUAUCCCUCAGUGCAAGAGGGGGACACUAAACACAAAAGUGGCAAAAGGGUGACAUUUCCCUCUGAUGAGGAUAUCAUCUCUGGAGCAGUGGAGCCAAAGGACCCCUGGAGACACGCUCAGAAUGUGACGGUGGAGGAGAUCCUCUCAUCCUAUAAACAAGCCUGUCAAAAACUCAGCUGUAAACCUAUACCCAAAGUGCUGAAACAGAUACAGGAACUGAAAGACCUGACACAGCGAAAUGAGUGCUUAGAUUUAAAAGGUGAAAAGCUGGACUACAAGGCAUGCGAGUCUCUGGAAGAGAUUUUGAAGAGGGUCCAGUUUAAAUUGGUGGACCUGGAGCAAACCAACCUGGAUGAAGAUGGUGCCUCAGCUCUCUUUGACAUGAUAGAGUACUAUGAGUCGGCCACACAUCUCAACAUCUCCUUCAACAAGCACAUUGGCACACGAGGAUGGCAGGCCGCAGCUCACAUGAUGCGAAAGACGAGCUCUCUGCAGUAUCUUGAUGCCCGUAACACUCCCCUACUGGACCACUCGGCUCCCUUUGUAGCGCGAGCGCUCAGGAUCAGUGGCAGCCUGGCAGUCCUCCAUCUGGAGAACGCUGGCCUCUCUGGCAGACCACUCAUGUUAUUGGCUACAGCUCUGAAGAUGAAUAUGAACCUCCGGGAGUUGUACCUUGCUGACAACAAGCUCAAUGGCCUGCAGGACUCAGCGCAACUUGGCAAUUUGCUCAAGUUUAACUACAACAUUCAGAUCCUGGACCUACGUAAUAAUCACAUACUGGACUCUGGUCUGGCCUAUGUGUGUGAGGGACUAAAAGAACAGAGGAAAGGCCUCGUCACGUUGGUGCUAUGGAACAACCAGCUCACGCAUAAUGGCAUGGGCUACCUUGCUGCUGCACUGCCAUGCACACAGAGUCUGGAGACUCUGAACCUCGGCCAUAAUUCGGUGGGUAACGAAGGAGUCCACAAGCUGAAAGACGGGCUGAUCGCCAACCGCUCUGUGCUCAGGCUGGGCCUUGCUUCCACCAAGCUGUCCUGUGAAGGAGCUGUGGCUGUGGCCGAAUUCAUUGCUGAGAGCCCCAGACUGCUGCGCCUGGACCUUCGAGAGAAUGAGAUUAAAACAGGUGGCCUCAUGGCCCUGUCUCUUGCCCUGAAGGUUAACACCUCUCUGCUGCGUCUCGACCUUGACCGGGAGCCCAAGAAAGAAACUGUAAAGAGCUUUAUUGAGACACAGCGUGCCCUACUGGCUGAGAUCCAGAAUGGUUGUAAGAGGAAUUUCAUCCUUGCUAAAGAAAAAGAGGAUAAUGAGCAGAAGAUGAAGCAGUCUGCCUCUAUGGCUGAAAUUGCCACAGAGGAAGAGCAAGAGCAAGAAGAGGAGGAGGAGGAGGAGGAGCAUGAAUCAGCAUCAGAGGAGAGAGGUGACGUAGAGGAUAAAGACGAUGAAACGGCAGGAAAUGAAACGCAGACAAGCAGGCAGUCAGGAGCGAGCUCUGACUCAGAUGUUCCUCAGACUCAUCUGGAGUCUGACUCUGACACUGAGGAUGAGGAGGAAAGCGAGGUGGUAACAAAAUCUUCCACUUCAAACUCCUCCACUCUCUCAAACCAGACUGCUACUCAUACCCAUCCAGGGGUUGCACAGUCUCAACUCAGUGCCUCACAUACAUCCUCAGCCUCACUGUCUAAAGGGUCAAGCGUAAUUUCUGUCACCGUCACAGAAUCUGCAGCUCCUCCGGGCACACCUCCAUCUCCUGGACGUUGCAUAUCCGUCUCAAGCCCUGGGAGGGGUCAUAAGAUUUUCAUGGUGACCCGGGUGGAGAGCCCCCCUGAGCAGCAUCAGCUCCAGUUAAGUGUACCUGCUGUUCCCAGCCAGUCUAAAGAGCCCUCAAAGACUCCUGCAGACACAACACAGCAGACACAACCCCCGUGUGCAAUUCAGACACCUACACAAACCCAACUGACACAGGAGGAAAUGAAGGAGAACUCACCUGCUCUUUUGACAGACUCUAAAAUGACAGAGCAGAGUCCUUUAGCACUAAAUACUCCACAGACCUGCAAACUAGAGCCACAGUCUACAACUGAAAACACAGAUCCAAGUCUACAGUCACCAGCCCCGCCUUUAAAUUCCUCAUCAGACCAGGUAACCGAGAGCCCUAAAAGCCCCCAACCUGAGCCUCUUUGUUUAGAAGGAAACAAAAAGGAAGAGGAGGAGGCGAAAGUUCCUGUAGGAAAUGAUUGGCAGGUGAUACCCCGAGAGCGUGAACAGUCAGAGGAACUGAAUCCACCCCAGACUAGCUUACCUCCACAGCAGGAACUGUUAACAUCUGGACUGCAGCAGCUACCAAAUGAUGUAGUAACUACGGCAGAGGAGGCCUGCUUACCACACCAAACACAGGAGACACUUCUACAGAAAGAGAAGCAGGAAAUAUUAGUCAGCUUACCAGAAAAUGAAAAACUCAGUUUAGCAGAGACAGAACAGCCAAACCAAGAGGAGCCAAGGCCAAAGCAACAACCAGAGGCACAUGAACAGGAAGCAGAGUCUUUCCCCUCUGUCCACACUGAUCUGCAGGCACCAGCUGUCACUCAGGGUGGAGCACAGGAGUCAAAUCCUCAAACAGGAGAUGCAACACAAAGUCCCAACCCCACCUCAUCUUGGCCUGAAGCUAUCACUCAAAUAAAUCCACCGGUUGAAAGGGAGGAAUCGGCUGACGAGAGCUCUGCAGACGAGGGAGAGAGUUUUGCUGAGGCUCUAGAAGGGGAGGUGGUCGGUGCUGCUCUGCCCAAUGGCCUGAAACCUGAGUUCUCCCUCCAUCUUCUCGACACUGAAAGCCCCAAGCCUGGCAGCUGUGUGAUGGAGCACGUGAGUGUCAGCUGUGGACAGGACCUGGAGGAACUGCUGCUGGAAGCCAGUUUGGAGACUGGGAGAGAUGCACCGUGAGGGACUGUCAGGACAGGUGAAAACAGCAUAAGUUGUCUGGCUUUGCUACGUGACUGGUUGCCCUUCAAAGUUUUUGUCAUAACCUUCAACACAGCAUUCUCAUAAAGGACAGAAGACCCAGUGUUACACUCACAGCUCUGUACAGGAUGAUACAAACAAAUAAUGGAAAAGACUUGAAGGACAAGAUUUGCCUGUGGAGCUCAGUUGUGACAUAAGGAGACCCUCCACAUCCACACUACACCCAACCACUGAAACACACAUGCAUAUGCACAUUGAAUAUGCGAAAUGAGGGGGAGAGAAAUAAAGUUCAACCUGUUGUCACUACAUUUUGUCAGCCACAAUCUUUACAUGAAGAGAAGUGAGGUGUGGGGACAAAAGAGAGAGGAUGAAACACUAACCAAAGACGGACCUUUCUCACAGCUCCUUGCGCUCUUCUGUAGGUCUCCACAAUGAUAAAAAAAAAAUAGUAAUUAAAAGGAUUUUUUGUAACAUACAUACACAAAGACAAUAACAGAUGAUGUGAAGUGACCGAAGACAAAAGAACAGUGGCAGACCCUGCCGAUCAGACCUGCUGGCUUAAACACUUGAGGUUGGAGUAGGUCGCUCUUUAAGGCUUUUAUAUCCACGGAAGCUGAAGUUGUUAACGUGUCUGUUUAAGUGUCAACAUUUUCUGUGUGUGUGUCUCCCCCACUCCCUCCUUUAAACUCUAAGGGACUUCUGCCAAAGUGACCUCUCCUGUUUGUUUUCUCCUCCUGUACUCACUUUGGCCCCUCAGGAAUCGGCGUUCCCACCACCGCUCAGACCUUUCAGAUCUGACGCGGAGGAGCUGCAACCGUCUCCCGCUCGCUUCUGCUACAAUAAAAAUGCUUUUUAGAGUUCACCGAGUCGGUGAUUUGUUCCCCGCUGAAAAGAAAAGAAAACUUUAGUGAAUAUCAGAAAUUUAUACGUCUGAUUUUGGUUGAUUUAUUUCUGGGCGAUACGGGGCAAAAAUCAGUUUUUCCUUUAUUCUCUGCAGCUCAGUGAUUGCUUUAUUCGAUUGAUCUUUGUUGUGUGAAAGUGUAAGGAAAAACAGCCUGGUCUCAGUCAUCAUCUCCCCUCUCCUUUCCUCCGGUCCCUUAGUCUUCCACUGGUACUUCGUGCCAUCUCUCCCCUAUGUUCUCGCUCCUCAUCAUGUUGCCUUCAGUCUCACCACUUCAGAUUCAGUGUUGUUGUGAUUUUUUUCCUAAGGGGGAGGGUGUCCAGGUUUUUUGUUUGGCUGCUUUGAGAAAUCAAUUACUUUAUAUUUAUUUUAUGAGCCCUCUGAUUUAUUUUUGACCCCCACCCCCCCUUUUUCCUUUCCUUUCUUCUGAUUAGGGGUUUGCUUUAAAGUUUUUGAUGUAUAUAUCAUAUCACACUAGGGGAAAUAUUUAGUUUUUCUUUUGUUUUUUGAGGGGGGAGGGGCUCUAAUAAAAAUGUGAGGAAGGGUAAAUAAGAUUGAAUGAUUAGAAACGGUAACAGCAAAACAAAGAAGCGGUGGACAUAAGAGGCAACAUAUUUUAGAGCUGCUCUGCUGUGUGAAGCUGUGGCCACAAGGGGGCAGUGAUGGCUGUUUCCCCACAGGCCCAAAGGAGAUCACAGUCCGAGCAGAAUCACGUGCUGAUGUCUGUGAAAAUCCAACUCCUGACCAUAGUUUUUCAGAGCAGGGCAGUUAGACGGUAUCUCCGCUUUGAUAAUUCCUCCCUGAAGCGGAUACCGGCAGGUUGGAUUUCUUUUCCUGUCGACGGAGCAGCAUUCAACCUUCCUGCUCUUCUACACCCAAAAGAUAGUUUGCUCCCACUGUUUGUAAUGCUUUAAUUUUAGAUUUUUUUUUAAAGAAUAAUUUGUUAACUUAAUUAAACUGUGCUGGUAAUCACAAAGUUAUGUAUGGCGAAAUUUGUUCCUCAAAUAAAUGCAUGUAAUAACUAAUAAUAUGACUGAAUGUAUGUUUCAAUGGAAAAUACUCCACUCGGAGCUGCACACAAAUGCAUGAAUGACAGGAAUAAUGAUUUGGAUGAAGUUUUGGGUUACAAAUAAUGUAAUAACAGACCAGGCUCAAUAUGUUGCAGUACCGGCAAUUAAAAUGGUGAUAAGAAGUGCAGCAAGCAGCACCGACAUGAUUACGGCUCCUCUGAAAGGAGCGAAAUGUGCUGUUGCUCUUUUGUUCUUUUUGGUUUGUUUUCCGCACUGCUGAGCUGCUCCUCGCAGGCACGUUAAACCAAAGCCUGACACUGAUAACGAUGUUACUUGAACGUCGGAUGCUGUGUCAUUAAUGUGUUUUAUUUUUUCAUUUUAAAGGUUUUUUUUUUUUUUUUACACAUAGUUUCAAGUUGCAUGCACACACUUUUCAAGCUUGUCAGGCUGUUCUCAAAUUCUGAUUAACAACCACCAACACACACACGCAUCUUUUGCUCUAACUAACAGAAAUCGGACUUAUACAUGAGACAUCUCUACAUUUGAGUCACUUUAGACCAGUGAUACCCAACCUGAGGACACUCCAAAAAUGAAAGAUCUUAAGACAGUCCUCUGCUUUUUGCUUUGGAUGCUUAAUUUAUUUGUUUUCAGAUAAGACGAUGAUUUUACAGUAGACCAUAGCAACUUAUUGAGCAAAGAUCCCCAUGUUAAGAACUUCACCAGGACUAAAAUACUGUGUGACCAAACACACUGACACAUCCAUGCAUUUUACUCUUUAUAGGACAUGUUGUUUGGCUGAUAUAAUGAGAGUAUACUGUUAGUUUCAGGUCUUCCCAUAUUAUCUCAAUCGUAAGAAAAGAUUUGAAAUUAAGAUGUUUUUUGAAAGCUGACUUUAUCGUCGUAUUUCCGGUGGCUCAAUACUGCAGUGGUUUAUUCAUUUGCUUCACAAUGGAGAAGGAUCCUGGGGAGGAGAUACAAAUCCCUCUGUGGUGAUGUCAAGAAGUGCAUCUGGCACCUAAAUAAGUAAAUCUAUCAAAUCAAACGUGCUGCCUGCUGUGGUGACCGAUUGUCAGUAAGGAAGUUGCUAAAAGUAGCAUUACAAAUACUCCAUGAAGACAUCAAUAAUUCAGAGUCUGUGAAAAUCUUUAUUCUCUGUCCACGUGUUCAACAUUUAUUCAUUUAUUUUUAUUGUUUGCUAAAUAUUUGCAUGUUUCAUUUUGUGAAUAAUGAGGCUGUUUCCUAGCAUUUACCAACUGGCACCAGAGGACUCGUUUGGAUUUAUCGUCAGUGAAAUUUCAUAGCAGGCUGAUGGAAAUUAAACAAGUGUCCCAUUUCUCUGCACCAGGGUUUCACAGCCUUUAAAUUAAAAGUUGGCUUCAGAAAAAGGAGAAAAACAUGUUUUAGCUACCUUCUUUUGUUCCUUAAGAUCCUUGUUUCUCUCUCCCUCCUGUCCUAUGGUCAUUUCUAUUUCAUGCCUUUGAAAUUAAGUAUAAAACAAAAAGAAGUCAUGGUGUUAUUAUUAGAACACCACAGAGAUUCCAGGAGAAACACUUCCCUCUCCUGAAACUAUUCGUGUGAACCGCCUCACCCCUCUCCUCCACUGCGUAGGCUGUCCUGGGGUGAAGGUGUGGAGAACGAUGGGAGCUCUGCUCUGUAUGUUUUACUAUACAAAUUCUUGACCACACAAAUCCACCCCGCCCAAUUAUAUAAGAGUGAGAGAAAACUAGAAGUCCUUAAAACCCUAGCAAGUGGCCCCAAAGUGGUGCAAGUUUCAAGUAAAUGGCACAUAGUUUCUUUGUUUGUUUGUUUGUUUUUUUCAAAUUUACAUUAUGAGUCUUGAAAUGCUGAAGAAAGUACCAGAAAUGCUCUGACCACUCAGCUGAUUUGUUAUUAUUAAUUCAUUUUUAUUGGUAUAAUUUUCCAGAGGCCAGACACCAAACUACUCGAUUUUUUAAGAAGAAAAGAAACAUAUUUUAAUGUUAGCCCUCAAGUUUGGAACCACAGGCCUACAUUCAUUCAAUCUUCAGUUUUCUUCUGUAUUCACCGAUUGCAACAGUUAUUUCUGAGCGACUGCCACAAAACAUCCUUCCUGUCAUCAGUGCCUGUAAUGACCCACCCAAACCUGCCCUGCAGUCAGUGUAGUGUAAUCACGUUCGGUGUAGAUUUGGAGGAUUUUCUUCUCAGUCUGGACUCUUACCUCUCGGGACACAAACUGUGUGACACUGUUGCUGCACAGAGUUUUGGUUUUAUUGCAUCUGUGGAAAA